AUGGCGUCCAGGCGAUCCGUCAUACGGCUGGGAGGCCGUCGGCCCUUGGCCUCUGUUCAGGCAGGGAGAACCUCGAAUUCGCUACGCCUUUUCUCAGUGUCUGCUCAAUUCCAGGAUGCGAAGUUUGUAUCAAAGGAGGGAGUUCCCAACCCGCGCGAGGAGCCGCGACCUGCCGUCGGUCAAUUGAACCGCCCGAUCGUCAACCCAACAGACAAGUAUAAAGAGACGUCCGCAAAAUUACAUACCUACGGCCAAUACCUCAUCUCUUGCCUACCAAAGUACAUCCAACAAUUUUCGGUCUGGAAGGAUGAAUUGACCAUUUACGUUCCCCCGGCUGGUGUCGUACCUGUCAUGACCUUCCUUCGUGAUCAUACCGCUGCGGAAUACACUCAAGUCUCGGAUAUUACUGCAGUCGAUUUCCCCACGCGAGAGUACCGUUUUGAAGUGGUCUACAAUCUUCUCAGUGUGCGCCAUAACUCCAGGAUAAGAGUCAAGACUUACGCAGAUGAGGCAACCCCAGUCCCCAGUAUCACCUCACUGUACGAUGGUGCCCUCUGGUUUGAGCGUGAAGUGUAUGAUAUGUUUGGCGUAUUCUUCACCGGCCAUCCUGACCUCCGAAGAAUCAUGACUGACUACGGUUUUGACGGUCACCCUCUGAGAAAGGAUUUCCCUCUUUCCGGAUACACUGAAAUCAGAUAUGACGAGGAGAAGAAGCGUAUUGUUGUCGAGCCAUUGGAAUUGACACAGGCAUUCCGAAAUUUCGAGGGCGGUUCGUCUGCUUGGGAAGGAAUUGGCCAUGGUGUUGACCGAAAACCAGACAACUUCAAACUUCCUACCCCAAAGCCCGAGGAGAAGCCAGAGGAGCAAAAGAAAUAA